CCCCGCACAUCUUCAUCGCCUAUCCUAUUGGCUCCGCGCCCCAUUGAAAAGCUCCAUCUCCCAGCGUCCUUGUGUCCCAACUCCACCUCGAAGAGAACAGAAGAAGACUCUCUCUCUUUUCACCUUUGCGACGAUUCACGACAUUUCAAAUCAAGCAGAAUAGACACAAUGGCUGACACCGGUCUCCCUCCAAACUGGGAGGUUCGCCACUCCAACUCCAAGAACCUGCCCUACUACUUCAACUCGGUCGAGAGAACCUCGCGAUGGGAGCCCCCCGCGGGCACCGACAGCGAAAAGCUCAAGCACUACAUGGCCGCCCACCACAGCGCCGGCUCGCGAUCGGGCGCCGCGCCUGGCGUCCCCGAGGGCAAGAUUCGUGCUGCCCACCUUCUAGUCAAGCACCGCGAGAGCCGCCGGCCGAGCAGUUGGCGCGAGGCUGAGAUUACACGAACCAAGGACGAGGCCAUGGAAAUCAUCAAGGCCCACGAAAAGACGAUUCGAUCUGGCGCUGCCUCGCUGGGCGAUCUUGCUCCCACCGAGUCCGAUUGUUCUUCGGCCCGCAAGCGUGGUGAUCUGGGAUACUUUGGCCGCGGCGAGAUGCAGAAGGAGUUUGAGGACGUUGCGUUUACGCUCAAGGUGGGCGAGCUGAGCGAUGUCGUGUCCACGGCGAGUGGGCUGCAUUUGAUUGAGAGAUUGGAGUAAGGAUGCCGCUCUGGAUGGCACGUGUGUAAACGAGGAGUGUAAUAUACCAAAAAGAGAACAAACAAAGGAUGAUGAUAACCGCCGGAAAGCGAGAAUAUUCAGUUCUGUCUCACCAAAAAAAGAAUUAAGAAAAAGAAAACAAAAGAUAUGCAAAACAGCAGUAAGCAAACCAAAGUAGGCCGCCGUUUCCCAUCACGAGGCUCGACGGUGGUGGGACAGACACCACGACGGGUAAAAUGCUCUUCAUCAUGGAGCCGUAAUUGUAACUUGCUGCCUUAUCAAGAAUCUUCUACCAACCAAGCAAAUGGCCCUCCUCAAA